AAUCCGAGAAUUUUAUUAAUUUUAAUUUAUCGCUAAAAUUUCCCACGCAAUAUGAAGGGACUUUUACUGCUAACGGUACUUUCGUGCAUGUGUCUUGCAGUCAAUUGUCGCACCUCGGAAAUUUUGAAAGUAAAACUUUCGCAUGGCGGAUCACUCGUUGGACGAUAUCUCUCGACAUUCAAAGGAAAAGGCAUUCGAGGAUUUUUGGGGAUUCCGUAUGCAAAGCCUCCAACCGGUGAUUUGAGAUUCAAGGCACCAAUUCCAUUCGGUAGUUGGGAUGGCGAACGUGAUGCCACGCGAGACAGCAGCAUUUGCAUUCAACGUGACCCAUUUAGGCGUGAUGUCGAAAUUGAGGGAAGCGAAGAUUGUCUCUACUUGAAUGUCUAUACGCCGAUUCGUGAUGACGAGAAAACAGCAAAGCCGUUGCCUGUGAUGGUCUUUUUCCAUGGCGGCGGAUGGCAAUGUGGUUCGGGCAUUUCCAUGUUUUACGGGCCGGAUUUCAUUAUGGAGCGCGAGAAUAUAAUUUACAUCGGAGCGAAUUUCCGCUUGGGACCUUUGGGAUUUUUGAGCACGGGAACGAAAGAUUGCCCCGGAAAUAAUGGCUUGAAAGAUCAAGUUGAGGUCUUGCGAUGGAUUAAGGAGAACAUUGCGGCGUUCGGAGGAGAUCCUGAUAAGGUAACGGUAUUUGGAGAAUCAGCAGGAGGUGCAAGCGGAACGUAUCACAUGAUGAGCCCGUUGUCAAAGGGCUUGUUCCAUCAAGUAAUUUCACAAAGCGGGGCAAAUUUCAAUCCGUGGGCACAACCUGCGCAUAAAGGAGUCGCUGAAAAACGUGCUGCUAAGUUGGGAGAGAUGAUGGGAUGCGAGAAAAAAGGCGAUAAUUGGGCAGAAAUGAUGGAUUGUCUCCGAAAAGCACCGGCAGAGGACAUUACAGCGGCAUUUUAUGACUUCUUUGCAUGGGACACCGAUCCAAUGAUUCCCUUCCCGCCAGUUGUUGAACCAGACCUUCCGGGAGCUUUUAUCUCUGUUCAUCCGCGUGACGUCAAACAACCUCACGGUCUCCCGAUCCGUUGGAUGGCUGGAUUAACAUCUGACGAAGGCGCAAUGAAAUCAGCUCCCAUCAUAAACUUGAAGGAAGUCACAAACGACAUGCACAUCAAUUGGGAUCACGCGUUAGAGACGAGUUUGUAUUACGAUCAUCACGAUUACAAGACGAAACAGAAAAUUACCCAACGAAUCAACGAAUAUUACUUCAAAAAUCGCAAAAUUGAGCCUGAUACGCAUCAAAAUUUGACGAACCUUUAUACCGAUUCUUGGUUCCUUCACGGCAUGGACGAGUACUUCAGAUACCGUUUCAGCCCCGAAAAUAAAUCGAAACGUGGACCAACUUUCGUUUAUCUCUUCAAUCACAAAGCUUCCGCGAGUUUUACUGAAAUUUUCAAGGGAGGACGAGAGAAUUACUUUGGUGUUAGUCACGCAGAGGAACUCCAAUUUUUGUUCCCCAUCGCGCAAUGGUUGUUCGUAAGUGCCGUUCCAACAAAAGAAGAUUUGCAAAUUCGUGAUGCUCUUGUCGAAAUGUGGACUAAUUUUGCCAUUUACGGUCACCCAACGCCUUAUAACUCAAAAUUAGUGACAUGGGAAGAAGCCACUGAAUAUCCGGUGCAAUAUUUAAGAAUUGGUAACAAAGAUCAAGAAUCCAGUGAAUUAAUCAAGAUGGAAAAGGGAUUGCUGCAAGAACGAGCAGAUUUUUGGUACGAAAUUGGAGCUCAUUUGCCAGCGAAAGACGUUAAAGAUGAACUUUAAUUAAAAGUUUUCCAUUAAAAUCAUUUAUUUUUACUUGUUUUCUAAUAAAAUUAACAAAAACUAAAAUAAAAUUUGUGUUUCUUACGUGCUAACAU